AUGAGAUUGUAUCUAGAAACCAUUUUAGCGGCAGCGCUCGCUCCUGGGGCCCUUGGCCAUCAAAUAAUGGGGAUCCUCCUCGUCAACGGGACCGAAACCUUAGAAUGGAAAUACGUCCGCGACGUGGGCUACCACGAGGCAUACGGCCCCGACUCGUAUCCCCCGGGCAACGAGUUCCCCAAAACGCCGCCGCAGAUGGACAUCAACCACCCCGACAUCACCUGCGGCAGAAGUGCCUUUGAUUCCGCGGCCAAGACCGAGACGGCUGACGUGGUAGCUGGGUCCGAAAUUGGGUUCCGCGUCUCGUGGGACGGCAACGGAAAAUACGGUGUUUUCUGGCACCCGGGCCCUGCACAAGUCUACCUUUCCCAGGCCCCCGACGGUGAGCUCGAGACUUACAAGGGCGACGGGGACUGGUUCAAGAUUGCCUAUGGUGGUCCGGUGGGAAACAAUGAGUGGAUGGUAUGGGGGGCGCACGAUUUCAACUUCACGGUUCCGGAGACCACGCCGCCAGGGAAAUACCUGAUGCGUAUUGAACAAUGGAUGCCCACGCAUAUGUCCAACUACAGCCAGUGGUAUGUCAACUGCGCCCAUGUCAACGUCAUCGGGCCUGGUGGAGGAACGCCGGCAGGAUUCGCCAAAUUUCCGGGAACUUAUGUGGUCGAUGACCCGGGCCUCAAGAUUCCUGUGAACCAAUUUGUCAAUGGUGGAUACGUGCCCGACGAUGAGAUGAGGCUGCUUGAGUAUAAAGCCCCGGGACCGGUUGUUUGGACCGGAUGA